AUGUCUGAUUUGUUGAAUCGAGCUGGUAUGGUUGACUGCAAACCACUAGCCACACCUGCAUCGACCACACAAGCAGUUACUCCGUCUGAUGAACCAUUCGAUAAUCCCACACAGUAUCGUCGGAUUGUUGGGGCUUUACAGUACCUUACUAUUACUCGUCUGGAUCUGUGCUACGCAGUGAAUCGCUCGUGUCAGUUUAUGCAUACUCUGACGGUUGAACACUGGGCCAUGGUCAAGCGGGUAUUACGGUAUAUCAAAGGCACCUUGGAUUAUGGGCUCCGUCUCAGCUGCUCUCCUACUGCUUCUAUUCACGCCUACUCCAACUCCGACUGGGCUGGUUGUCUGAUUGAUUGGAAGAGCACUAGCGGGUAUGCGGUGUUUUUUCGGACCAAUCUCAUCUUCUGGCUGUCGCGGAAACAACGGACAGUGGCUCGCUCUUCGACUAAAGCAGAGUAUAAAGCCUUAGCUGAUGUUGCUGCUGAGGUUACUUGGGUUGUAUCUCUCCUCCGUGAGCUUGGUCUACACACUGGGCAGCCUUCUACUCUAUGGUGUGAUAAUUUAGGGGCAACAUAUCUAUGUGCUAAUCCAGUUUUUCACGCCAGGACGAAGCAUGUUGAAAUCAACUACCACUUCGUUCGUGAUAAGGUUGCCAGCGGGGAAUUUGUGGUCAAUUUGGUUUCGACCAAAGAUCAGCUAGCCGAUGUCUUCACCAAGCCUCUUCCAGGACCCAAGUUUAUAGCUCUCCGAGACAAGCUCAACGUUGUGUCUCUAACAUCGUGUGCUUGA